AGUCAUCGGGGCAAUGGAGGCCGGUGGAGGCGGCGGCGGAGGGGGGUGUGGCGAGGUUGGAGACAAUGGAGAGCUUGGAUUGGAAUCAAGUUUUGAAACGGGAUCCUAAUCUUUUAGGAGUUUUAUGCAGAUAUCUCAUCUGUAGAAAGAUCACCAUUGAAAUUCUUUGUGGGAGAGAUAUAUGGUGGAAAUUCCCUUCGAAGCACAAUUUCUGUUGGAAAUGAGAAGAAACGACAGAGGGUUUAUAACACCAUGUUCCAUGUGCCAUUAAGAUGUGAAAGGCUUAUGAUAGCAGGCUUCUUUUUCUGCUUGGACUCGUUUUUGUCAUUGCUAACCAUUAUGCCAGCUAGAAUUCUCAUGACCAUUUGGAGGGUGCUGAAGACCAGGCAGUUCCGGAGGCCGAAUGCUGCUGAGCUAUCUGAUUUUGGUUGUUUUGUUGUGUUGGCUUUUGGAGUCAUAACCCUACAAUUGACAGAUAUCAGCCUAAUAUAUCACAUUAUACGUGGGCAAGGCACUGUCAAACUUUACGUGGUAUACAAUGUAUUAGAGAUAUUUGACAAACUGUGUCAGUCCUUUGGGGAAGAUGUUUUGCAAGUUCUCUUUAACUCGGCAGAGGGGCUUGCAAAUUGUUCAACGGAUAAUCUAACAUUUGAACUGCUGAGAUUCAUCUUUGAUGCAGCGAUAGCUGUUGUUGCUUUUAUUGUGCAUUCUUUCAUUUUAUUAGCUCAGGCUAUAACUUUAUCGACAUGCAUUAUUGCUCACAAUAAUGCCUUAAUGGCAUUACUGGUGUCAAAUAAUUUUGCUGAGAUCAAAAGCAAUGUAUUUAAACGCCUCAGCAAAGAAAACCUUCAAAAUUUGGUAUACUAUGACAUAGUGGAGAGGUUUCAUAUCACGGCAUUCAUACUAUUUGUGUUAGCUCAAAAUAUCUUGGAGGCAGAGGGACCAUGGUUUGAAAGUUUUCUUACGAAUGCCCUUCUGGUUUACUUUUGUGAAGUGUUUAUUGACUUGAUCAAGCAUUCCUUCCUUGCGAAGUUCAAUGAAAUAAAGCCUGCAGCAUACUCGGAGUUUCUUGAAGAUCUUUGCAAACAGACGCUAAAUGAGAAGCCUGAAGAACGUCGGCAAGACCUUACGUUCAUCCCUCUUGCACCAGCAUGUGUGGUCAUCAGAGUACUAACUCCGAUAUAUUCAAACCUUCUUCCCUUUGGUCCUCUUCUCUGGAGAUUAUUUUGGAUCCUCAUCUGGUCGAGUUUAACCUAUAUCAUGCUUACUGUUUGCAAGAUACUUGUUGGUGUCAGCCUACGAGGACUUGCAACUUGGUAUCUUGUACGAAGACGGGAAAAGAAGCAACAUAUUGAUUGAAAUACUCGCUUUCUACUCGAACUUUUGAAUGAGGAGAAUAUGCCUGGAUAUUGUGUUGAAUAUCCGCAUUCUGACAACUACAGCAUGAGCUAGUGUGCCGGUGGGAUGAGUUUUGGACGCGCAACGUAACCACAUGAGAAGAACCUUAAACUGCUCGAGAAUUGAGUUUCGCACCAAAGGGGUGACUUGCCGUGCAUCUGUUGCCAGUCGCGGUGCUGAUCGACUCUUUUGUACCUACAUGGAAUUUUGGAUUUCUCCCAGUUUUGUGUAUCCUUCACCGUUUUUUAUUUCUACAUUUUGACGUUGAACUGUAUUAUGUGUUCUUAAACCCUCGCCUUUGAUGGUUUUACCAUAGAUUACAAGCCGUAUGAUUGUCCAGCCAAAAAUUCACAGAUCAGAGUAUAACGCUGCGUAUUUCGUUC